AUGUUUUUUAGCUCUUUCAUCAAUCCAAUCUUCAAAAACUGUGUGAGCACCUUUAUGGGCGGGCAGGGAGCAUCGCUGAUGCUGACCAGAAACCUAAUGAAGACACACAAGGGAGCAGCUAAGAGAUGGAGAAAGACUGCUGACAGUUUUAAAAGAGGCAAAGCCGGCAGAAGCCAUGGAAAUGCUGGAUGGUCCCGCAGAUCUCUGAAAGCUCUGAGUGGAAAGACGCUUGCUCACGAGACGCACAUAAAGCAUCUAAAAAGGUUGAUGCCAAACUGA